AUGGAGGUUCGUCUAACGAUACUCCACCUUCACAAAGCGAGUCCUUUUCAGCAUCUAGCAACGGCGGCAAUGAAACAGGAGACUCCACUUCCAUUUAUAUUAACAGAUAUCUCCCGUUUUAUGAAGUGUGACUCUUGUCAACAACUGUAUACCUUCAUUGACAAAACUGCUCUCAAGUCGUUUAUGAAAGCAGACAACACCAGACCUCCACCUCCUCCACCAAAACAGAUCCACAAAUACCUCAAUCGUCAUGUAGUGGGUCAAGAGCAUGCGAAGAGGGUUCUCUCGGUGCAAGUUUACUCGCAUUACAAUCGCAUUCAUCAUAAUCUCCAGCACUCCAACAGCGACCCAUGCGACUCUCUGGCUUCCGAUCAGCCAGCAGACUUGAGCUCGAGCCCCUCCGUCAUGGGCUCGGCCUUUGUUCCGCGGACCACGUCACCACCAUCCGGCAGUCCCAAUUCAAGCCCCGCAUUUAAUGUCAUCCCCUCAGGCAGAGGUGUAGGUCAUGUGUCUGGCUCAAAGAUCGAUGCUACCGGCCCCUCUGUUGCCGAGCUCUUUCACUUGCUGUCUGGUAGCAGCAAUCAGCCAGGCUCUCCCACUAACGCUCGUCCCGUUGAAGCAAGCGAUUCGACAAAUCAGCGUGCAGGGCCAACUACUGGCUCACGUCUUAUUUACGGCUCUCAGGAAUGCGAACCCGUCAAGCUAGAAAAAAGCAAUAUCAUCCUUCUUGGACCCACCGGAUCUGGUAAGACACUUUUGGCGCAGACCUUGGCGCAUUGCCUGGACGUGCCCUUCGCAAUAUGCGAUUGCACUACUCUGACGCAGGCCGGUUAUGUAGGUGAAGACAUUGAAUCGGUUAUCGCUAAACUACUGCAGAAUGCUAACUUCAAUGUGGAUCGAGCUCAACAGGGCAUCGUAUUCCUUGAUGAGGUUGACAAAAUUUCUAGCCGUGCUGGUGUACUCCACUCGAUUCGAGAUGUGGGUGGUGAAGGGGUUCAACAGGGUAUGUUAAAAAUGCUAGAGGGCUCUGUGGUAAAUGUACCUGACGGAAAAGGUUCGCGGAAGCUUCGUGGUGAAACGGUGCAGGUGGACACCACUAAUAUCCUCUUCAUCGCCUCCGGUGCCUUCACUGGGCUCGACAAACUAGUCGCGCGACGUAAGCGCAAGCAGCGCAUUGGCUUUGGUGACUCAGAGGAACCACACAGCCAGACCCCAACCUUCUCCGAUGCCGGUGCUGCGUCAUCUUCGUACGAUCGCGGUGGUGGUGGGGGUGAUGAGGAGCUCCUUGAGGCGGACCGUCUUCUCGCCCAGGUGGAGGCCUGCGACCUCAUCGAGUUCGGCAUUAUCCCUGAGUUCGUCGGCCGCUUUCCCAUCAUCACCGCUUUUCACUCCCUCAAUGAGCACAUGCUAACUCGCAUCCUCACCGAGCCGCGCAAUGCCCUGCUUUCGCAGUACAAACUUCUCUUUCACAUUGAUAAGUGUACUUUAACUGUGACCCAAGGUGCCUUGAGGGCUGUUGCUCGUCAAGCAAUGCUGACAAAAACGGGAGCCCGUGGUCUGCGUGCCAUCAUGGAAAAGGUGCUUUUGCAGCCGCGUUACGACGUCCCUGGUUCUGGAAUCUCUGAAGUGAUCAUUGACGAGAAGGUGGUAUCGGGGUUAGCAGAGCCGAAGUAUGUGUUUGCCGAUGAAAAGAGUGGUUGUAGUGAUGUGAUGACAGAGACCGUUUCGGCGGAGGCAAUGUCGUCCACCACAACGAAGUCUACCUCAGCGUCCCUAUCGGCUUGA